UUUUAAUUAAUUAAAAAAAGAGAAAAAAAACAAAAGAAAUGGAAAUUGAAAAAAAAAAGCUGAUUUUAAAUUGAAUUGGGCCACACAUUUUAGAAGCCCAAGUUUUCCCCCAACCCAACCCAACCCAAACCGGGUCGACCCGACCCGACCCAACACCCAAACCCUAUUCUUCUAAUAUAAUAAGCCUAAAAGACGCUAGGGAUACAUUCGGAAGGAGAGACCGUAGCGCCGCAACAGUGCAAAACGGAACCCUACCCUCUCGUUCAUCAUCUUCUUGAAGCAGCCAUCUAUGGCUUUUUGCUGAACGAAAUAACAGACCCCCCUCCCCCAGGAGUUCAUCUUCUCCAUUAGAGCUAAUAGACGAAGACCCUAGGAGACGAACAGACACAAAAAACGCCAAAAAUCUGAAAGGCAUUGAGCGAGAAAAACUGAGCGCGGAGCUCUUUCUUCUUCAAGAGAACGGGAAGCUGCUGCUGCUUCUUGAUGAAGUCAUAGCCAUUUCUGAUUUGAGAACACAGCACCCCUCCUCGUCUCAGUUUCUUCUUCUUCACUUCACAACCAAAAAGUUCCUUCAACACAACGAACCAACCAAACUUCAACUCCAAAUCGCUACUCCCUGUCAUGGAGUUUGUCGAUUUUGUUUUCCUGGUUUAGUUCGAGUUCUCCGGUGAGUUUCGAGGUCGCCAAGGUUCCGGUAUCGGUUCAAGGAUCAGGUCGUUAGCUCGUUUUGGUCUGCUGCGUCGGAAACUUUCUUCGUUGUAUACGUUGAAAAAUAUGCAGAAAUAAAGGCGAAGAACAAGUGCGAGAUAGAGAGAGGAGGCUGGUCUUUGAAAAGAGAAGAAGAGGGAGAUUUAUGUAUUCCUUGAGUGGGUCUGUGCUGACACUCGUGGAUAACAUUGAUCCUUGAAAUUGUCGAGAAAGUACACAAUUGUAGGUUUUCUGGUGAAAUUGCGAAGAGAGUCAAAGACCCAGUUCAGCUGUUAGCGUACAGAUUGUUUUAGUUGCGAUGAGUUCAGGAAAUGUGGGGCGGCUGCCAUUGAUGAAUGUUGUUAAAUUUAAUGGAGUGCCAAUUCUGCAGCAAUUGCAUUUGGAGGAACGGUUGCUCAGGACUUCACCUCAAAACUGGUGCAUUGUAAAUGAUGGAACCAAUGAACCCACAAUUGUCAUGGGUAUUUCAGGAAAACCAGCUGAACUUCUUGAAAUCGGUUCUGUUUUGCAAGACAAGAUUCCAGUAGUAAAGAGGUUUACUGGAGGAGGCACUGUAAUAGUCGAUCACAGGACAAUUUUCAUCUCCUUCAUAUGCAAUAAGGAUGCUGUCCCUACUGUACAACCAUAUCCUAGGCCCAUCAUGUCAUGGAGCAGCCAACUCUAUAGCAAGGUGUUUCAAGGAGUUGGGGAUUUCUCUCUUCGUGAAAAUGACUACGUUUUUGGCAACCGCAAGUUUGGGGGAAAUGCUCAAUCUAUCACAAAAGGCCGUUGGAUCCAUCAUACAUCCUUUCUUUGGGAUUAUGAGAUGAUGAACAUGGCUUAUCUCAAACUUCCAAAACGAGCUCCUGACUAUCGACAGGCAAGAGACCAUUCAGACUUUAUCUGCCGCAUGAAGGAUUAUAUAUACUCGGCAAGAAUUCAUAAAUAG